AUGCGCUUCUCCACACCUGUAGUCGAGACUCUCGAACCUCCAAACUCCCGCGAGUCAAUCCGCCCACAACUCCAACCCCAACCCCAGCCCAGCUCCAAGCCUCAAGACUCAACUGAUAACAUUCCUCACCUCGUUCCUCUCCACAAUCCUCACUUCCGCAACUUCACACACAACCUCCCCUUCAUUCCUGCUCGCGUCCCCCCGUUCCUCCAUACCACCGACGACAACAACAAUCGUCGAAACUCGCGAUUUGCCUCCCUCCUCCAUCUCCAUCUCCAUCUCUCCUCCCGGCUUCCUCACCCAGACUCCUCGAUACGAUUCCCAUCCCCAGACGCGGCGGCAGACCAUCAACCAGCUCCUCAACCGCCAUCAUUGCCUCCGUCCCUGCUCCAUUAUCCUCCGCCCCUGGAUGCGAGUUUCAGAUUUCUGAUGAGCGAAGUCAUUGCACCAGUUCGAACGUCCAGGGCGAGUGCGAGGGAAGGCCUGGCUCGGUUCGAUUAG